AUCGUCUACGAACUUCUUGACCGCUCAAGUGCAGACUUGAAGGAGGUGACCACCGAUCAUCUGAAUGAGUUUGCCGGCGAGGGCCUACGUACUCUGGCCCUGGCAUACAAAGAUUUGGAUAAGACCUACUUUGCAGGCUGGAAGAAACGGCACCACGAGGCCAGCACAUCCCUGGACAACCGCGAGGGGAAGCUGUCAAAGUUGUAUGAAGAGAUCGAGAGGGACCUGAAGUUAAUUGGAGCCUCUGCCAUAGAAGACAAACUCCAGGAUGGGGUCCCCCAUACCAUCGAGACCCUGACCAAGGCCGACAUCAAGAUCUGGGUCCUCACAGGGGACAAGCAAGAGACGGCUGAGAACAUCGGCUACUCCUGUAACAUGCUGCAGGAUGAGAUGAAGGAGGUGUUCAUCAUCAAAGGCACCAGUCCUGAGGAGGUGAUGGGGGAGCUCAGGUCUGCUCGGAGGAAGAUGAACCCGGACUCCUUCCUGGACAGCUACGACGUUCACAUACAGAAAGGAUGGAAGAAGAAGACUCUGGUCAUUCCAGAUGAUGAGCUUGGCGGGAGAUGAGACGUACGGGAUCAUCAUCAAUGGGCACAGCCUGGCUUACGCUCUAGAAGAGAAGAUGGAGGUGGAGCUUCUGAGGACGGCGAAUAUGUGUCAAGCGGUGAUCUGCUGCCGGGUCACCCCUCUCCAGAAGGCGCAGGUGGUGCAGCUGGUGAAG